AUGGUGAGAAGAAUCUGGUUAUUAACAUGUACUGUCGUAGCUAUUUGCUUUGUAAUUAUUCCUGAUGCGGCCAAAGGAGAACUCUGUCAGCCUGCUUCUUGCGGGGAUUUCCUUGACAUUAGAUACCCUUUUCACUUGAAAAACGCUUCUCCUCAUCAGAGUUGUCUCAAGACUCUCGACUAUCCAGCUGAACUGUCAUGCCAGCAUAACCGCACCAUUUUAAAUCUAUACGAUGGUACGUAUUAUGUCAAGGCAAUUGAUUAUGAACUAUUUAGAAUCCGACUUGUGGAUCCUGGUCUGCUAAGCGAUAGUUGCUCCAUUAGGCCACUCCGCAGUUUAACAGAAGAUAACUUUAUCCCGUACUAUACUCCAGACCGAUACUACCCAGUUUCCAUCCAUUAUGUAGCCUUCUUCGAUUGCUCGUUUCCAGUUGAGUCUCCUGACUACAUAAACAUCACUUGCAGUAGCUCAUCUACAACUUUGUAUUCUUAUGUUACAAUGGCAGAUGGGGUAGAUGAUCUUCAUUCUUCUUGUAAUAUGUCAACGAUCAUUUUAAGGAAUUAUGAAGAAACUGGGAAGGCGCUUUCAUUUUCUUCCAUACAUGAUGAGUUGAGACAGGGUUUUGAGCUUUCAUGGUUGCACUUUCUCCCCGAUAAGUACUGCUACAGUCCAUCCCAAUCGCUCUACUGUUUUCGUGAGCACUUGAAACGGGGUUUCAUACGAGCUGCCAAGAUCACUGGAUUGAGUCUGACGGCACGAAUGGUACUCGGCAUUAUUGUUUUGUUGGGUUUCUGGAGCUACAAACUGUAUUGGAAAAAAUUCCUAAAGGAUGAUGCAGUUGACAAAUUCUCGCUCGCAUGCAAUGAUCUUAUGAGAAGAAGGUACUCAUAUUCAGAUAUUAAGAAGAUGACCAUUGAUUUCAAAAUUAAACUCAGUCAGGGAGCGUACUGGAAAAAGUUCAUAAAGGAUGAUGCAGUUGAAGAGUUCCUGGAUGCAUACAAGAACCUUAUGCCGAGAAGGUAUUCCUAUUCAGAUAUUAAGAAGAUGACAAAUGAUUUUAAAGAUAAACUGGGCCAGGGAGGCUUUGGCUCUGUUUUCAAAGGAGUGCUGUCAAAUGGUCAUCUUGUUGCAGUAAAGAUGUUGAGUGGCUCCAAAGGUAAAGGGCAAGAUUUCAUCAAUGAAGUUGCCACAAUAGGAAGAAUUCAUCAUGUCAAUGUGGUGCAGCUGAUUGGCUUUUGUUCUCAAGGACCAAAAAGAGCUCUUGUCUAUGACUUCAUGCCUAAUGGAUCCCUAGACAGCUACAUCUUUCCUGACAGAGGAAAAAAUAUUCUUCUUAGUUGGGAUAGCAUGCUUGAGAUAGCUCUCGGGGUGGCUCGUGCAAUUGAAUAUCUGCACCAGGGAUGUGAUGUGCAAAUUCUACAUUUUGAUAUUAAACCCCACAACAUUCUUCUUGAUGAAAACUUCACUUCAAAGAUUUCAGACUUUGGGCUUGCAAGAUUUUACCCUAGAGAUAAUAACACUGUUUCUCUUACUGCUGUAAGAGGCACAAUGGGAUAUAUAGCUCCAGAAAUGUUCUAUAGAUCCAUUGGAGGCGUUUCGUACAAAGCUGACGUUUAUAGCUUUGGAAUGUUGUUAUUGGAAAUGACAGGACGUAGGAAGAACUUGAAUGCACAUGCAGAAAAUUCAAGCCAGAUAUACUUCCCUUCUUGGAUUUAUGAGCAACUAGAAAAGGGAUUGACCAUUGAAAUUGAGGAUGGCUCUGAGUAUGAUAAGAAAAUAGCCAAGAAAAUGGUCAUGGUUGCAUUGUGCUGCAUACAGUUGAUGCCCGUCAAUCGCCCUUCUAUGAGCAAAGUUGUAGAGAUGCUUGAAGGUGACGUCGAACUCUUGCAAAUGCCUCCGAAACCUUUCUUCUGUCCACAAGAGAUGCCAAUGGAGGAUGCACCUGAUGACACAGAUGUUGCAGAGGUGUCUACCAUGUCACAUGAUAGUGCUACAGAAACGACCUCCAUGGUAUAA